AUGCUUGCCAGGGUUCUGGUUCGUGGUCAUGCGUGCACAGGCAACUCCAGGUUACUGGCACGUACCGUCUCCAAGACCUAUCACCAGCGCACAAAUCUUACUGCUAGGCCUGCAGUGCUCGUGGGUGUUUAUGGCACCCGAAACCUCAGCCUAUGGCCGUCGUCAUCAAAAGCACCGGACGCGACUUCCACGCCGGCGCCUAUACCUGCAGAGCCAGCACCAGUACCUGCAGUACCAGAACCCGUCGCGGCUGCCUCUUCCACACCAUUACCUCCCUCCAUCGAGACUCCACCGCCAACACUCGUCGACGCCGCCUCGGUCAUCCCCGACAUCCCCCACCAACUUGGCGACUGCGCCGCCGCCGGCCUCACAUCAAUGGGCUUCCUCUCCUGGCCCGCCGGCCUCUCCGUCAUGCUACUCGAAUACAUAAACGUCUCCACCGGCCUAUCCUGGUUCUCAACCAUCAUAGCCGGCACAGUCGUCUCCCGCCUUCUCGUCGCGCCCUUCGCCAUAACCCAACAACGCAACACCGCCCGCCUCGCGCCCUUCCAGCCCGAGCUCGUCGCGCUCAAAAACCAGAUGUCCGAGGCGCAGGCGAAGGGCGAUCAAGAGGGCGUGCGUCAGGGCGUGUUGGCGCAGAAGGCCGUGUACGAUAAAGCUGGUGUGGGGCUGGGGAGCAUGUUCCUGCUGCCGUUCGUGCAGCUGCCGGUGUCGCUGGGGAUGUUCUUUGGCGUGAGGAGGUUGAUGGACUCGGAACUGGCGAGCGUGCAUGUUAGCGGGAUCACGGAUCUCGUGCCGUUUUGGACGGAUUUGAGCGUCGCGGAUCCGUAUUAUAUCGUGCCGCUGGCGUCGACGGUGCUGAUGAACCUAGCGCUGCAGGUGUUCUCGAAGGACUGGGGAGCGACGGCUGACCGCAAGACAGUCGGACUCAUGCUCCUCGCAUUCCGCGGCCUGUCCAUCGUCUCCUUGCCCGUAACCGCCCAGUUCAGUCUGGGUCUGAACGUGCACAUCAUCACCGGCUCGCUCCUCAUGGCCACACAAACGCUCAUCCUGCGCUCAUCUCCAGUGCGCAAAAUGCUCGGCAUCCCGCCCCUGCCACCGCGCGACGCCAACUGGACGACACCCAGCACGAGGGAGUGCAUCGGGUACGCGAAGGAGUGGGUCGCCGACCAGCAGAAGGCCGCAGAGGCGAAGGCGGAGGCGGCGAGGAAGCCGAGGGAGCUGGAAGAGCUGCCCGAGGCGGACCACAACAAGGGACGACAGCCGCCGCAGAAAUGGUGA